UAAAACUUGACGGUUCUCUCUAUAACAGCGAGGGAAAGACUCGGUUUUCUCCCCCCUUUCUCUUUUCUUUCUUCCAUAGAUGUUUGAAAUCGCAGUCAUUUACGCUCGACAGUUUUUACAAUAGCCUUGAGCCAUAAUUUUGCGAGUCUCUCCAGCAUCCAUACCCCUGCAUGGUCUCUCUCCACCGGCCAUGCACGACCGUUUCUCUCCCCAACCGUGGAUUUCCUAUUACUCUCGUUACGACUCACUGAGCCCCAGGCCCAAGGAUAAUGAUGUGUUGUUUCUUGGUAGCAUAAUUUGUCACACGUAUAUUUCUUCUUCUUCUUCUCUUGCAGAAAGCACAGCUCCCUCUCACACACUCACACACUUCUUGUUAAUUCAGAAGAACAAAUGAUCAACGUCAACAAAUAACCUGAAAUAGUGACUUUAAGAGUUGGGACUCCAUGGUUAUUUUAAGGCACCACCAGCGACCAUAGACUUUUAAAAGGAGAAAGGACAUUUCUUACAAAAGGAGAACAAAGGAAAAUUAUUGGAAACCUGAAGCUUACUUUCUGUGGGUGUUUUUUUGGUGAAGAGCUGAAGUCAGGUGGCGUUCACAGUCAGGAAGUCAUGUCCAGAUCGGGUGAUAGAACAUCCACCUUUGACCCAACACACAGUGACACCCUGCUGCACGGGCUCAAUCUCUUAUGGAGGAAACAGCUUUUCUGUGAUGUGACUCUCACUGCCCAGGGACAGCAGUUCCACUGCCACAAAGCUGUGCUGGCGUCCUGCUCCCAGUAUUUCAGAUCCCUCUUCGCCUCCCAUAAUGUGAUCAACAAUGAGGGGAGCAAAGGGGACCAGGGCAGCAGUGGGACCCCAUCAUCUUCUCCUGAUGACAAGCUGGUGACUCCCAGUGCCAGGCCCAUCAACAACCUGGUACUCCAAGGCUGCUCCUCCAUUGGACUGCGAUUAGUGCUGGAGUACCUCUACACUGCCAACGUGACUCUUUCCCUGGACACAGUGGAAGAGGUGCUGUCAGUCAGCAAGAUCCUCAACGUCCCCCAGAUUACUAAGCUCAGCGUGCAGUUCCUCAACGACCAGAUCUCCGUGCAGAACUAUAAGCAGAUCUGCAAGAUUGCAGCGCUCCAUGGACUCGAUGAGACCAAGAAGCUGGCCAACAAGUACCUGGUGGAGGAUGUGCUUCUGCUGAACUUUGAGGAGAUGUGUGCCAUGCUAGAUGCUCUGCCACCCCCGGUGGAGUCAGAGCUGGCUCUCUUCCAGAUGUCAGUCCUCUGGCUGGAGCAUGACCGGGAGACUCGCAUGCACUAUGCACCAGACCUUAUGAAGAGGCUGCGUUUCGCCCUCAUACCUGCCCCAGAGCUGGUGGAGAGGGUGCAGUCUGUUGACUUCAUGAGGAGUGACCCUGUGUGCCAGAAACUACUCCUGGAUGCCAUGAACUACCACCUGAUGCCCUUCAGGCAGCACUGCAGGCAGACUAUGGCCAGCAGAAUCCGUUCCAGUAAGAGAAUGCUGUUACUGGUGGGUGGUUUGCCUCCUGGACCCGAUCGUCUCCCCAGCAAUUUGGUCCAGUACUAUGACGACGAGAAAAAGACAUGGAAGAUCCUCACAAUAAUGCCUUACAACAGCGCUCAUCACUGCGUGGUGGAGGUGGAGAACUUCCUGAUGCUGCUGGGUGGAGAAGACCAGUGGAACCCCAAUGGAAAGCACAGCACUCAUUUUGUCAGCCGCUAUGACCCCAGAUUUAACAGUUGGAUACAGUUGCCCCCCAUGCAAGAGAGGAGAGCCAGUUUCUUCGCCUGCCGCCUGGAGAAGCACCUGUACGUGAUUGGCGGUCGGAACGAGACGGGCUACCUCUCCAGCGUGGAGUCCUACAACCUGGAGACUAACGAGUGGAACUAUGUGUCGUCUCUGCCUCAGCCGCUGGCUGCCCACGCAGGAGCUAUACAUAAUGGCAAGAUCUACAUAUCAGGAGGAGUUCACAAUGGAGAGUAUGUGUCCUGGCUCUACUGUUACGACCCCGUAAUGGAUGUGUGGGCUCGGAAACAGGAUAUGAACACAAAGCGCGCUAUUCAUGCCCUGGCAGGAAUGAAUGACCGCCUAUAUGCUAUUGGUGGAAACCAUUUGAAAGGUUUCUCUCAUCUAGACGUGAUGUUGGUAGAGUGUUAUGACCCCAAAGCUGACCAGUGGAACAUCCUGCAGACACCCAUCCUGGAGGGCCGCAGUGGGCCGGGCUGUGCAGUUCUGGAUGAAAGCAUCUUCCUCGUGGGAGGUUACAGCUGGAGCAUGGGAGCCUAUAAGUCUUCUACCAUCUGCUACAGCCCAGAGAAAGGAACAUGGACAGAGUUGGAGGGAGAGGUGGCGGAGCCUUUAGCGGGCCCAGCCUGUUCCACCGUCAUUCUGCCCGCCUGCCUUCCUUUUAACAAAUGACAACUAAUCCAACCAACGGGCGGUGAGGGCAAGAAGCUGCGGAGAGACUGGGGGGAGGACCAUCAAUAAGCAAAACAGUUGUCAACCAUUUUGUGACAAACCCUCCGGUGAGAUGACAAGGGAGUGUAUAAAUUAUUUUUUUACAGGUUUGACCAAGAGCACUUUCGUUAUUCCCUACUGAAGGUUUGGAAGGAAAAAAAAACAAAAGAACAGAAAAGAAAAUUGUGUAACUCAUGUAUUUAAACUCAUCGGUGUUAUGAGAAAUGGUCAAUUUCAUAUUUGAGUUUUCUUUAAAAACUGAUAGUGAGUGUUUUUUGCCUUCUCUUCUAUAGCACGCAUAGUGUUGAACUGAAUUAUAGCUUUCAAAUCCAUUGUAUCUUGUAUUCAGUAGAGGAAUAUUUCCAGCAGAAUGCUGUGUUGAUUCAUGGACUGACACUGGGAGGAGAGAAGCGUCACGGGGGGGUCGAGUUAAAGUAGGGCUGGGUGAGUUACAUCGCUUGUGAUGAUCAAAAGUGGCUCAAAAUCAAUGAACUAUUACUCAUAUUACCACUCGCUUUUCUCUGACGCAUCACGAACCUACCUUGUUGACAAAUACGCGACUGUUUGGUUGUCGUCUUUGUCUGAAAAUUAACAGAUUUCCGUCUAAAACAAAUUGCUCUGACAACAGAUGUGAGGAACUAGGACCCGCAAGCAAAUACCCCAAGGUUCAAGCAAUAUACGCAACCACACCGACAAAAAAAAAAAUGUAUUACACAAUGAUCUUUACGAGGAUGUGUUUGUAUCACCCGGCCCUAAUAUUUAACUAGUUGUCAUAAUAAUUUCCAUGCUGGUUAAAGUCGUGUUUCUGUAUAACUUGUUGAACAGAGAGUUCCUUACAGGUUACCUGCUUGACAGAAGAAAAAAAAAAAAAUCUUGCCAAAUGUUUAUGGCAGCUAUUCUUUGUGCUGCAAGUCAAACAAUUUAAGGAUUUACCAUAGACUUUUAAUGUUCAUAUGACGCACUAAUGUUCACGUUAAUUAUACGAUGAUGGUACAAUCAAAUUGUAAUUGCUAGCCAAUGUAUUAAUGGGUGGCACGUUUGGGCAAACAGAUGGGGACGAUGUUUGUUUGGUUUUGCUCUCCCUUUGCCGGUUAAUGUUAACAGGUCCGUUUAUGAGGCCGUGUAGCAUUAGCUCGACGGGAUAUAAUCUUUAAUGGGUGAAAAACCAACAAACAUCAAGUGAUCCUUAAUGCACUAAAAGUGAACUUAUAAUUCAGCAAAAAAAAACAAAAGUUCACUAAAAAUGUAAAUGAAUUAAUGUGAUGUGUUUGAAAAAAAUAAUAAUACCUUUACUACAAAUGAAUCUAAGUCCAGUCUAGUCUACGUUAUUAGGUUCAAAAAGUCGACUCUAAAUAUUAAUGCAGUACCUGUUGAAUUCUGUACAGAUUUGUUGAUUUCAUUCUUGUACAUAAUCGCUUGCAGUGAAACAUUUUUGUGCACUCAACCUUGGAUUUAUUCUCAAAUCCUGUUAUGUCCUUUGAAUUUUAGAAUA